GCGCCAUCGAGGAGGCCGAGAGGAAGCGGCGGCGGGCGCCGGAAGGGCCCGGGCGCGCCGUGAUGACGUCAGCGUCCACCAAGGUCGGGGAGAUCUUCUCGGCCGCCGGCGCCGCCUUCUCCCGCCUGGGGGAGCUGACGAUGACCCUGCAGCCGCGGGCAGAGACACGGGAGGGAGCCAAAUGGACGGAGCCUGAGCUGGAGCUGCUCCGCGGGGCCGUCAAGCGCUUUGGCGAGGACCUGAACCACCUCAGCGCCCUCAUCAAGGAGCGCACCGUGGCGCAGCUCAAGGCCACGGCCAAGCGCAAGGCCUACGAGGACAGCGGGGUCCCCAUGGGGCCCGAGUCCCCCAAAAAGGGGCCCCGGCGAGCUGGGGGUGGGGGGGCGGCUUUGGGGGGACCCCCCCAUAGCGGGGGCACCCCCCAAGAGACCCCCAUGAAGAGGCACAAAGGAGGAGACAUCGACCCCGAGGCCUCUGGGGACAUCGUGGACAUUGAGGGGCUCCCGGAGCCCCCCCAAAGCAAGAAGCUCCACCUGGACCAAGCCUGAGCCGUCAGGACCAUGGACAGCGACCGCCCCCCCAUAGACCACAAUGGACCCCAUAGACCCCAAUGGAU